AUGAAAAUAGUUGAUCCCACUCUUACUCUUGGUCCUACUCCUGAUCCUACUGCAGAUCCUACUCCUGAUCCUGAGACUACUACCCCUGAUCCUACUUCUACUCCUGAUCCUACUUCUCCUCCUGAUCCCACUCCUACUUCACAUCCUACUCCUGAUCCUAUUCCUGGUCCUACUCCUGGUACUACUUCUGAUCCUACUUCAGAUCCUACUCCCGAUUUGACUCCUGAUGCUACUCCUGAUCCUAGUCCUGAGUCUACUCCUGAUCCCAAUUCUGAUUCCUCUCCUGAUCCUACAGCUGAUCCUACUCCUGAGACUGCUCCUACUCCUGAUCCCACUUUCGCUGCUACUCUUGAUCCUGAUCCUACUGACAAGCGUUCCAUGGUUCCAGCGGUCCAGGUCCGCUACCUGGUGAAACUCGACUUCCAGGACAAGCGCUCAGUGGUUCUUACGAAGCAGGUACGCUACCUGGUGAAACUCGACUUCCAGGACAAGAGCUCCGUAGUUUCCACGCUCAAGGCCCACUAUCUGGUGACGUUCGACUCCCAGUUCAAGUGCUCCGUCCUUCCUGUUUCAUGUUUACAAUGA